AUGUCCCCCAACUACUGGGACUCGACGCAGAGGCGCCACUGGCUCUUCACAAAGGACCAACUCGCAUCCAUGCGCCAAAAGCUCGACGACGACCACGCGGACCUCGUGCGCAUGUUUCCUCUGCCCCAGCCGCGCCAUCUGGCGAUAUACUUUAACCAGCAACUUCUCCGGCUAGCCAAGCGUCUCAGCAUCCGGCAGCAAGCCAUGGCCACGGCCCAGGUCUAUCUCAAGCGAUUCUACAUCAAGGUGCCCAUCCGCUCCACGAAUCCCUAUCUCGUCAUCACGACGGCCAUAUACCUGGCCUGCAAGAUGGAGGAGGCGCCCCAGCACAUUCGGCUCAUCGUCACCGAGGCCAGGCAGCUCUGGCAGGACUUUAUCGGCCUGGACACGUCCAAAAUCGGCGAAUGCGAGUUCUACCUCAUCAGCGAAAUGAGUUCCCAGCUCAUUGUGCACCAGCCUUACCGGACGCUGACGUUGCUCCGCGCCGAGCUGUCUCUGGUCGACGACGACGUCCAACUCGCUCGUUCCGUCAUCAACGACUCGUUCAACAGCGACCUGCCGCUGAUCUGCGCACCCCACAUAAUCGCCCUUGUUGCUAUCCUGCUGGCGCUCGUUCUGCGGCCCAACUCAUCCAGGGCCGGCCAGGCGACCUCGGGCUCUGCCGCGGCAGCCGGCCUCGCUGCCGCCCAGGCGGCUCUCAGCCAAGCACACGGCCGCAACGGCGGCGGCGGCGGCGGCGGCGGCAGUGGCACGCCCUUGGACUCGGCCGCCGCUGGACCGGAAUCCAAGGAAAAGCAGCAAGAGGCGAGAAUCUCCAGGGUCCAGCAUUUCGCAGCGUGGCUGGCGGAAAGCAGCGUCGACAUUCCUGCCAUGGUUGACGCCACCCAGGAGAUGAUUUCCUUGUACGACUUGUACGAACAGUACAACGAAAAGUUGACCAGGGAGCAGAUAAACCGCUUUGUCAAGGCGCGGGGCCUGGAUAAGUAG